AUGGUUAAUAAAUUUGAUGGCACCGAAUUGCACGAUGUAACAAAAUGGAUCGAGAAUUUGGAAAAUGUGUUUGCAAUGUUCCGUUAUGGUGAUCGCGAUAAAUUGGUUGCAACACGUCAUUUGAUGACCGGUCGUGCAAAACGUUUUGCGGAAAUUACAUCGGCAUUUGCAUACGAGCAAUUCAAGCAAGCAUUAUUGACCGAAUACGAACGUGCAUACACGGUGCAAGAUGUCUUCAGCCAAUUGAAAGCCCGUGUUAUCAAGCCAGAUGAAACACCACGUGAAUAUAUAAUCGAAAUGCAACACAUUGCAAGCCGAUCGAUGAUUCCAGAAGCCGACUUAAUUGAUUUGAUCAUCAGUGGCCUAAACGACAAAAGUGUGCAUGCAUCAAUUCUGUACGGUGCUCGUACAUUAGCCGACUUGAAAUUGUUGACAGAACGUUAUGAAAAAUUGCGUCGUGUCACAGUGCAACCAAAAACAAGUGCCAUACCAGCUGCAAUGACGAAGCCAAAGUCAAACGUGCCAGAUGCCAGUGCAAAUACACGUGCCUUUGCAAGUGCCAGUGCCAAUGCAACAAAAAGCGUUGGUGAAAUUGAUUUGUCGGGAAUUCGUUGCUACAAUUGUUUCAAUUAUGGUCAUUACCAGAGCAAGUGCACGGCUCCAAAACGGCCGCCAAACUCGUGUUUCAUAUGCCAUGAGGGUGGACAUACGCGUCAUGAAUGUCCGAAAAAGAAGAAGCCAGAAGCCAGAGAACCAAAUACAGUUGCAUCGGUUGGAAAUCCGCCACCAGAAACAAACUAUCAAGACAAUUGGGACAUUUCGGAAAAUGGGAAUGAGGUGCGCCGUCUAGCAACGCAGUUGUCAUCGAUGCAAAUGCCCCGUUAGUUUUGUGCGACGUUCGAUGGUACCAUUUGCGAUGAAUAAAUUAAAAUGUACACCGUAUCGUGGAAUGGGCAAUAAAAAAUUAAGUAUGUAUGGCAAAAUCGCGUGUAAAUUUGUGUU